AAGUAAUGAGAGAGAAAGAAAAUCUCACAAGAUUUCGUCUGCUCCGGCUUCUUUUUGCUCUCUUACACCUAUACCAUUGGACGGAGACUUCUUUCCCGACACGCACUCGUGUGUGCUUUUGCCUCUCUCUUUCUCUCUCUCUCUCUCUCUCUCGUGUUCGUAUUCGCUACACUCUCCACUUCAGUUAUACGAUGAUGUUCGCGGCCAUAGGCGCACGAGGAGUUCAGGAGUAUCGUCUCGUGUGCUCUUGAAUUAUUCCGCUUCGGUUUUGUAGACAAUCUAAACAAAGAAUUCCCAAAUAUUGAAGCUUCUGUGCACAGUGCGGUUGGCAAAAAGUUCUAUCGUAAACAUUUGAGAGGCAUGAUAAAUUAUAACCUUCUUGGUUAUACGUUCGGAUAUUUUUCUCACCGUUACGAAAUUCCUGUACAGUGUGUGUGUGGGUGGUGAAAACAAACUUUCGUGCGUGCUUUAAUCAGCACAUAAUAUUACGAGAAACCCUUAAAUUUCGUUGACUUUGUAAUAUAAAAAAUUCUUUCAUAUACGCAGUGCAGUGGAGAAAAUCUGACUUUUCAGACUUCAAUAGUCUCAGAAAACUGCAAUAUUUUCAAUUGAACGAAUUUUUAAAUGAAAAUUAAACCGAACAUUGAAAUAGACGAUUAUGAUGUUGGUCAGAAGUGAUGUGGAUCAAGAUUCGACCUCUCGAAAUUUCGGAAAAUGUGUGUCGUCGCGAGUACUGUUCACCUGAGGAUACAAGUAUCGUUGAAAAAUGAUUCUUCGAACAAACUUACACAUGAAUAUAUGGAAGUGCUUCCUUGAAAAAGAAAAAAGCGCAAUCGUACGAGCGAUGCCUUUGCGUCAUCAAAAGUUUGGAAAGCAAGAAAGAUUAACUUGACAAUCGAUUUCGAAAACGGUUCUCUACUUUUUCGAACGGGGCGAAUGUUUUGAGGUUAACCUGUGCCAAAUUUCAUCGAAAAAUACAUCUACAGUAUCAACAAUUAUAAUGAAAAGUCAUCGAUGACGAUAAUAAUAAUGAUACAAAUUGUAGAUUCUCCUUUCGAGGUAAAAUUUCUAGAGAUGCAAAGUUUUCAUUUCUCGAUGCAAGAAAAAUUUGAAUAAAUAAUUUUUUAACCAAUCGGGAAACGAAAAAUUGAACCAGACAGUAUUUGCUCUUUCAAUCCGGUUUCAUUCGAAUAAUGUUUUUUCUCCACGUGCCAAGGGUUUUUUCGGUAAAGUUUUCGAGACGAAAAUACAUAAGAUCUUUGUUUUAUUUUGUUGCGUUUAGAUGAGGAUGAAGCAACGAUCGCGGGGCUCAACCCGAUCGUAAUUAUAAGCAGAUAGAAUUGGGUGUCCGCAGUUGCGGAGUUACGAAAGUGCGAAGAAAUAUAGAUGAGAUAUUCGAAAACCGAGACUUUUCUUUUAUUUCUUGAACCGCUGGGUAUAAAUUAGUUGGAAAAGAAAGAACAUAUGUGUGUUUACUUUUCGGAACUAUACUUAUUCGUACAUAAGCCGCUUUCGCACGUGUAAGCCGAAGAACGAAACCAUACAAUGGGAGUAACGUAAAAUUUGAUUAAAAUUAAUGAUUCGAUGUGAUGAAGAAUGAUAUAAAUUUUGGAAAAAGAGAAAAAGUUAAAAAAAAUAUAAAGAAAUUUAGAUGUCCACGAUGUUCAGUUCUCUGAGACUGGCGACAAUGCGUUCGCACAAGAAUCGUGCGCGUCCCGGGAGUGUAGCAACAACAGCGAGUUCAGAAUCGGCGCGUAACGACGAGUCGAGUUCGCAGCUGCAACAUCAGCAACAAUUUUACGGUUCUCACAAAUUUUUGAUCCUCGACGAAACGGACUGCGGUGGCGGACCGUCCAGCGUUUCGUCGAAAGUUGCACAAGUCCGAGUAGAACGUGAGGGCGGAAGUUUGGGUGUGACUUUACGAGGAGGAGGAUUAUCCAGAGCUUUGGUCGUAACGGGAGUUAAAUCGGACGGUCCAGCCGCGAAAGAAGGACGCGUCAGACCCGGCGAUCGCUUACUCGCGGUCGAUGACACCGAAUUACGAGGACUCAGUCUCGCCGAUGCACAAAGAGCAUUGAGAAGAAGCUCCGAUGCACCGGUCGCUUCACUCACCAUCGAAUACGACGUCGCCAAUAUGGAGGAAGCCAGAGCAGCUACUUCCGGUCCGCUUCUCGUUCAACUCGAGAGAGGAAUUUCUGGAGAGAUUGGACUGACAGUGCGGGAAACACCGAGCGGAGUUUAUAUCGAAAGUCUUCGACCAGCGAGCACUGCCGAUCGUUGCGGCGCUCUCCAACCGGGCGACCGUUUGCUCGCAGUGGAUGACAACCCAGUACACGACGCGAUUGGUGCAGCGAAACUAUUGCGCAACGUCGCCGAAAAUAGUCGAAUAGCAAGACUCCAAAUAUUGCCACGAGCGCCAAGCGCGACAUCUAGAACUGUCAAAAGACGUGGACAACCUCAACAGAGUGCGAAUCAAACACUUUACACUAAGGAAAGUCUGACCGUUCUUUUGAGGCCCGAUCAUCGAGGGUUAGGUCUCGCACUACGACCUACCGACGACAGACUCAAUUAUGUUGUUGAUCUUCUCGAAGCGGGAGGCCCCGCUGAAAGAAGCGGCGUACUUUUGCCUGGCGACAAAAUAAUCGCUAUGAAUCGACGAAUUCUUCAAGAUUUACAACCUGCUGAAGUCGCUGCGAUUCUAGAAUCCCCUCAGGUUGAACUGGUUACGGAAUACAAGGUCGGCGGUACAGUUGUUCCAAGUUCGGGAGUGUUCACCGUGAGGGUAGCGAGACCCUUGGGUGGUCAGCCUGAUCUUGGACUCACGGUUAACGAAGAUUUAAUUAUUGCGGAAGUGAGACGGGGCUCAUUGGCAUAUAGAACCGGAAGUUUGGCACCGGGAGAUCGUUUGUUGGCCAUAGACGGCCAGAAAUUGGAUCCCGGAGAUUUGAGGCAAGCUGCCCAGUUGUUGCACAGACCUGGAAGUUCGGUCGUUGCUUUGACAGUACGAAAACCAGAUACUUCAACGGAUUCCAGUGUCAGAGAGGGCAGUAUUUCAAGCGAUACGAUACCGCAGCAAUAUCCAACAGGAAUAUCGAGAUCGGCGAGAGAAAGUUUACCGAGCGUCGACAGCGCAGUUGAUUCUUGGGGUGAAAUUGGCGAAGUUUGCGGUACUGUACCGGAAAUCAUGAGACUUUGGGACACAGCUUCAAUAGACAGUGGCCAAUUGGAUCUGCCGAUGGCUCCUUAUCCGGGGUCUCAGGAAAGAAGUGGAGCGGACACGAGACCUCAACAAAUCGUUCAUGUUUCGCUUCACAAAGACCCAGUAUACGAAGACUUUGGAUUUUCGGUUUCGGACGGCCUUUACGAGCGCGGUGUUUAUAUAAACCGUUUAAGACCCGGUGGUCCUUGCGAUGGUGCAUUAAGACCGUAUGACAGAAUUUUACGUGUCAAUGAUGCCAGCACCGAGGAUUGCGACUGUUGUCUAGCGGUUCCGCUUAUCGCUGCAGCCGGUGCUCGUUUGGAUCUCACCGUUGCCAGACCAGUUUCGUCUCAGAACAUCACCAAAACUCUAUAAAAUUUUUUCCAACCCAUAUUAUUCGUCCGAUUCGAUGUCACGAUCAUUAAAGGCGAUUGGAAAACAACAAAAUUUCCAAUGAUUAAAUUUCAUUAAAUUUUAACAAACAAACAAAAACUGAAAAACGCAGUACACGCAAAUUUGCAUAACGUCGGUUGUAAUGAGAUUACAUUACCUUCCGGAUCGAGGAUUGCUUCAAUUGAAGGCAAUUAAAAAUAAAAAUAAGUUGUAUUGCAAAAUAUUUUUUUUCAGCAGGUCAAUGAAUGGUGCGUUACCUGAUGUUUUUUAAUGUGACGAAAAUUAACAGUUUGAAUUAUCGAGAAA